GACUAGACUAGUGCGAGUAAGCAGUUUUCCUUCCUCAACGUUUCAGCAUCGCGUGAAUCAACCGGUAUUCGUUGAAGUUUUGGGUUGUACAGUUGACUAGUUUGCAAAUAUUAGUUAUUGGAUGUAUAAAUAGCAUAAACCGUUGAGAAAACCUGCAAACUUGCGGGCGAUAUGCGUACACAGAGAGCGUGGCACUCAGCAUAGCCAGCUGUGCGCGCUUGUUUUCAUACACUUCCGGUUUUGUCAGUUCGUCGUGUAAACAUCCAACGUGUUCAUCGGGUACUUCAAAGCCCUAAAUCUCACGCCGUAAUGGCGUCCCAUACCAGCGACAAGACACCGCUCUUGGUCAACUACCAAGAGGAUUUCUCAGACAUUCGGGAUCCGAGAGAGACAGUGAGGAACCUGUACGCCAAGGAGGCCUCGUUGGGUUAUUCUGCCAGCAAUGGCAUAGACAGUGUGACAGUUAGUGCCAGCAACUCCGUGUGUGAUCUCAGCCGGUACACUGACAGCAUUGUGGCAAUAUUUGUCGUGGCUUUUGACACAAGAUCAGGUAACAUUGUGGAAUGGUCGCAGCCAGAAGACAUGGACAUGGAGGGGGUGGAGUUCAAGGCAAUGGCCAGCGGGGCACACACCGUCCUCACUGAUUUCAUAUAUUUCAGGAAGGACGACUACUACGGCUUGAGCUGUUUCCAAAAUAUGCCCGUGGACAGCGAAGUAGAGAGGGGAGCCCGGAUGAAGUCAGUGGGUAUCCUAGCAACGUCCUACACGGCACUCUACAAACAUAUGCAGUUCCUGGAAAACCAAGUCCGGCACCAGUUGGAAAUUCCUGGUCGCUAUGAGCAGCUGUUGGCCUUCUUCAAUGAUCGUAAGGGGUCGUUGCCAUCUAGAGAGACAUCGCGAGACACAUUAUCGGUAUCCUCACCAAUGAUUGGAUCGACUGGAACCACGCCCCUGACCACACCCAUAACCACGCCCAGCUCGGAGUACAGUCUACCUACAAUGAAGAUCACACAUCCAGCUGGCUGCUUUGCACAGUUCAUCAACUUCUUUGGGGAGCAGAUCUUCACCUUGUGGAAGUACGUCCUCCUACGCAAGAGAAUUCUGUUCUUCUCACCGCCUCCCAUCGGUGUCGUCUGCUACAGAGUGUACUGUGCAUCAACGUUAGGCCAGCACGAAGUCUUCAUAUCAGCAGCAACCGAAUACAAACCAUUCUUCUACAUCAAUGUGGCAGAUAUAGAUACCAUAGAAACAGAGGUUUCUUACAUUGCAUGCACGACGGAGAAAGUCUUUCAAGAGAAGCACUCCCUGUAUGACGUGUACGUGGACAACCAGAAUGUCACGACGCACUCGGCCAACCUGAAGACCAUGGCUAAGAUCAACGCCAUGGACAAGGAGAAGUUUAAUCGGCUGAACAACCAGCGAUGCGCCAUGAUGUUCAGAGCGCAGGAACUCGGAGAGGAGCUGGAUGACGAUCACACAUUUGCAUCAUUUUUCUUGGAGCAAAACAACCACAUCUUCCAGACCCUGAUGGAUGUGUCGGAGAGCCAGGACAAAACGCUUACCACUGACCACUUGAAGGCCAUGGGGCUGGACCCCAUCGCUGACCGCCAGUUCAUCAUGGACCUAGUAGAACUCUACGGCAUUGACGUCAUACUCAUGGUGGACAACCCAUGCUGUCCAGUAUGAGCAAAUAAUCAUGGAUUUUGAGCACAACGUGUGACUUACCAUUGUUCAACUCACUUCGCUGGAAUGCUUUCUAAUUACUGACGGUUUGAUAGUCUUUGGUCCAAGACUGGUUGGGAGUUUAUUCCCCUUAUACAGCCGGUCCGUGACAAGUGAGGUCGUUAUCAACAUGAGAUGAAACAAAUCAAGUCUUGGCAAUAAUGGCAGAGCUACCCAGGAAAUUCCGAGCCAACCCCAAUCGCGCUGUAUUCAAGCUAAUGCAUGUGCAUGAGGCAUGCUCCAAUUUCCUGGGUAGCGCUGCCAAUAUUGCCAAGCCUGGAUUUGAUUCAUCUUGUUGAUAGAGACCUCCACCACCGCGGCAACUUAGCGCGUUUGUCAUGGGACAGGCUGCAAAAUAGGGGAAUGAAAAUCUAGCAUUGGACCCAGACUAACGGUUCAACUACUCUCAGACAAGAUAAGUUUGCGGUAGCACCAUGUGAAUAAAUCUCUUUUGUGAGUAUGUGUA